AUAUUUAUACUACUAUAGAACUUAAUUCGAUAAUUACUAUACGAAUUAUAGUAAUAGAGAAUAUACACAAUAUAACCAUAACAUUAACAUAUAUGAUGAGAUGACACCCGGUAGUUUACUAAUUUUGGGGUCAGUUUUCAUAGAGAUUAUUAAUCAAAUUCAACAAAUCAGACAUAAUAAAGUAAAGAAAUCCAUUUAUGGAAUAUCCUUUGAUUAUUAUAUAGCUAAUUUUAUAAGUACUGGAUUAAUAUUAUUAACAAGUUAUAGUUAUCGAUUUAGUUCUAUUAUUUCUCAACAAUAUAAAAAUCGAUAUCCUGUUCAUUCAAUUAUUCCCCUCAAUUCCGGAAUAAUAGUUGAAUAUUCCGUACUUGUUAUUUUAUAUUUUGCAAUUAUAUGGCAACUUUAUAUUGUAUAUCCAACUACAAAAAAUAUUAAUCAAUGUUUUAGUGGAUUACAUAAAUUAUUUCUUACAUUUUUAUUUCUCUUGUUUUGUUAUGUGUAUAAACUUUAUUGGUAUAAACAAGAAACUAUUGUAGGGAUAGAUGUUAUAGAUUCUUUAUGGUUUAUUGGACAAGUAUUACUGAUAAUGAAAUAUUGUCCUCAAUUGAUGAUGAAUUGGUUUGAUGAUUGUUGUAUUGGACUUCAUGAUAAUUGGUUACAUCUACAAUUGGUUAGUUAUAUAUUAUACUUAAUAGGUUAUUGGCUUGUACAAGGUGAAGUCGCAUGGUAUGAUAUUCCUAUUAAUUAUAUGGGAUGGACAUAUUUAUGUUUCAAUUGUAUAACCAUGAUUAUUCUUUCGCUUCAACAAUUCAAAUGGUAUAAGGGUCAUAGACCUAAAUUAGAAUUGUAUUAUAGUGCAAUAGAUACACCUGAAGAAUCAGUGUAAAUACUGCCUGUAUUAUUAUAAAAGUCUAUGUAUGCAAGUAUGUAUAUUUAAUCUAACGAA